ACGUAUAAAUAAUAGCACCUUCUCUUUAAUUUCGAGCCAAAUUAAGAAGAGAUUAGUAUCAGCUUUCUGUCACAAGAGGCAAAACAAAAAAUGCAUAAUCCCAUAUUGGCAAAGAGCUUUAGUCGCUAUGAACAAAAAACAUUUGGAUGGUUUGUUGUAAUGUCGAUUGUUGUGUUUAGCAGUUGCAUGGUUUUCAAGAAUCAUUUGCAUCCUCUAUCAAUUAAUGGUGAUGCCGUGAAUUUACAAUUAUCAAUAAAUGCUGCUGAAGACAUGCCUGUGAUCAAGGACACAACCCUUCUCAAGAAAGCAACUGAGAAAAAGGAUGCAGGGCUAAUGUGUAAUGUGUUAGAACCAUUGUCUGAUUACUGUGAGACCAAAGGGGACAUAAGGGUCCAAGGAAAUUCCUCAACAAUUUUUGUUAUGUCUCAUGAUCUCAACAUCUCUACUGAGAACAAUUCAUGGACCAUACAACCUUAUCCAAGAAAAGGAUCAGGGGCAAUGUCACAUGUUAAAUCUUGGACAGUAAAAUUAGUACAAGACGGCGAAAGAAUCCCCAGAUGCAGUGUGGAUCAUGGCCAUCCAGCAGUUCUAUUUUCACUUGGAGGAUAUUCAGGAAACCAUUUUCAUGCCUUCUCAGAUUUACUCGUUCCAAUCUUUUCAAAUUCACGGUGUUUUAAUUCGGAGGUGCACUUUCUUGCCACAGAUUAUAAGCCCUGGUGGAUAGGUAAGUACAGAACAUUGCUCAACAAGAUGUCUAAGCACAAAAUUAUUGACAUUGACAACGAAAACGAGGUACAUUGCUUUCCUAGUGUGAAGACAGGCCUUAAAUCUCACAAAGAAUUUGGAAUUGAUUCCUCAAAGUUCCCAAAUGGGGUGUCAAUGCGCGAUUUCAAACAGUUCUUGAGGAGCUCGUUUUCUCUAAACAGAGUUGAGGCCAUCAAGAUGAAGGGUCAUAUUGUUACGAGGCCACUUUUGCUGAUUAUGUCAAGGAAAAAAUCGCGAAUUUUAUUAAACGAGGGCGAUGUUAGUAAAAUGGCUGAAGAUUUAGGAUACGAGGUUGUGCUGGCUGAGGAUAAUCAUAGUACGAAUUUGUCAAAGUUCGCGCAAAUUGUUAAUUCUUGUGAUGUGAUAAUGGGAGUUCAUGGAGCUGGAUUAACCAACAUGGUUUUUCUCCCAGAUAAUGCAGUUCUAAUUCAGCUGGUUCCUUUGGGAGCAACGGAUAAUAUGGCUAAAGGUGAUUUUGGGGACCCUGCCGGAGAAAUGAACAUAAAAUAUUUGGAUUAUAAAAUAGGGGUGAAUGAGAGUUCUCUAGUGGAACAAUAUCCACUUGAUCAUAAAGUUUUAAAAGAUCCAUCAUCAUUUUAUAGGAAAGGAUGGAAAGUUUUUAGAUCAAUUUAUUUGGAUAAACAGAACGUAAAGGUUGAUCUCAAUAGGUUUAGGUCCACUUUGUUAGAGGCAAAAAAGCUUCUAGCCACUUCUUGAUAUUUGCACUACAUAUUUAGUGCACACGUUCCAUUUUUCGUCCAUUGUGUAAUCGUAUUUUUAUCUA